GAAUUGUAAACAUCCGUCCAUGGUGCAUAAUAUUCGCAUGAACUUGCGUAAUGUUACGCGGCUACUGUUGUAUAAAACAGACGCUUAUGAGAGUCGUAGCUUCAGUAGAACCCGCCGAAGCGUCCGAAGUGAAUUCAUUAUGAAAUACUGUGUGAGUGAAUGUUUUAGACGAUGUAACAACAAGAAUGAAGUUACUCUUGUUCGCAGUCGUCGCCCUCUGCGAGGCGGCCAGAAUAACGAGAGGUAUAGAUCGCAUUUCACAUUUUUCAAAUAACCAAGCGGUCUAUCACGGUCACGGCGCUACCAGCUAUCAAAACGUGCGGAUCGAUAAUCACGAUGAUAUAGUGGUGCCCACGAAUUACGGAGAUCUUGCGGAAAUUCAGGACUUGGAGCACCGUGAAUCAAUUAUUCCCGUUGUGGAUUCUCAUUAUGACGUGCAACAUGCCGAUAUAUCCGAUGAUUCGGCCGUAUACGAAGAAUUUACCGUUGCCAAUCUUAAACUCAACUCUGACGUGCUCGAGCAUUACUUCGAUCACGACGACGAUAAUCACAGUUACGAUGUCCAUCUAGAAGAAUAAUAUUCAUAGAAUUUAUUAUAUUCAAAAAAUUAAUAAAUAAGUGUAGGGGUUUAAAAAAAUGAUAAUUUUUUAAAACAAUUCAACUUUCUCAGGGGUAUUUUAAUAAGAAAAAGUUCAAACGUGUGAUUUGUAACCUUUUUAUUUCGUUCUUGAUCCUUUAUAUCCAGUAUAGAUAUAUAUUUAUAUAUAUAUAUGUGUGUGUAUAUACGAUAAUAUAAUAAUUUAUGUAAAUAAC